AUGUCGUACAUUUACCGAGAGAGAGAGCGCGAGGACUUUGACCGCCCGGUCACCAUCAAGCGGUACGUUGUACCAUCCGAGGACCGUGAGGACCGCCGCGAGUUCUCAAUGAGUCGAGACGACUUUGCUGGCGACCGCGAGCUCGUCAUUCGUCGGAAGACGGAGCGCGAGGAACCCAUGACCAUUUCUCGCUACGAGCGUGAUAUCGAGUACGAGCCGCGCCGCUACGAGCGGGACUAUUACGAACGUGAGUACAUACAACCCUACAACAAUUACCAUCGCGCGAGAUCCGCAGACCAUUUGCAUCCCGGGUGGAACCUGGCCCCAACACACAUCAUUCGAGAAAAGACAAUAAUAACGAGACCAGCCCGAGAAGCCGAGUAUGACGUUGUCCGCCGCUCCGAGACCGAUGAGGACCCUUACUAUUAUCACAGUCGCCGCCGUGUCCGCGAGUACGAUGAUCGCCGCUCGCGCCGUGAACUGAGCCCGGGUGAUUCCAUCUCCCAGGCUAGCCGUCGUCAUGGAGAUCGUGAUGAUUACAGCAGUGACGACAGUAUGGUCUACAUCCGCAAAGAGACCACCCGUGAUUAUGAUGACGACCACCCUCACCACAAACGCCACCUCGCAGAAGGCGCCCUGGUAGCUGUUGGUGCUGCUGAACUGAUGCGCAGCCGCAGUAAGCGUGAGGGCAAAGAUGUGAGCCACGGCCUCGGCCGUGCUGCAAAAACCGCCGGUGCUGGUGCCCUAGGUGCUGUGGCUGUCAAUGCUGCUGGUCACGUUCGCGAUUACUACCGCAGCAAAAGCCGAAGCCGUCAUCGCGCACACUCCUUCGACGAUGAACGUUCCCGUCACAGCCAUCACAGCCACCGGAGCCGCGGCCGUCACAGCAGUCGUAGCCGCAGCCGCUCCCACUCUCACAGCCGUGCGAAGACCCUUCUGGAGCUUGGCCUUGGAGCCGCUGCAGUGGCUGCUGGUGUGGCCGCUAUACGUAACAACAAAAACAAAAAUGAGCGCAAGAGCCGCUCUCGUACCCGUUCCCGCUCUCGCGGCCGGGCCUUGAGCACUGCUCGCUCAGAGACCGAUGAUGCUCGCAGUCAGUCCAAACGCCGUCAGCACAUCGCCGGUGCUGGUCUGGCUGGUGCGGCCGCGGCCGGGUUGAUUGAGCAUGCUCGAUCUCGUUCCAAAUCUCGCAAGGGUGAGCGUCCUCGUUCUCAGAGCCGGAUCCGCAAGGCCCUUCCUAUCCUGGCCGCUGGUCUAGGUACUGCUGGUAUCACUGGACUUUACGAGAAGAACAAAGCCGAGAAAGAUGGCAAAGAGCCCGUGAGCCGUGAACAUCGCCGGUCCAGAUCUCGCAGCCGUGCCCGUGGCUCCGAGAUGUACCCCGAUCCCGCUCGUGACUCGGCUGGUUUGAUCGAGUACGGCAACGAUCCUGUCGCAGGAAGCAUCCCCGCUGAGCACUACUACGGCCAGCCACCCGCCCUCCAAAGCGGUGCAUACUACUCGGACGGAGGUCACAGCCGGCGUCACAGUCGCAGCCGCAGUCGCAGCCGCGCUCCUCGCUACAGCAGCUCUUCUGGCUCAGACCGGGAGCGUCGCCGCAGCAGAAAGCACCGCAGCCGUUCUCGCAGCAUCGCCGAGGGCGUUCUUGGUGCCACUGGCUUGGGAUAUGCCGCACACAAGUACAAGCAGAGCCGGGAUCGCAAGGACGAGCGUUCACGCUCACGUUCUCGCUCAAGGACCCGAUAUGACCAUAGUGUUCCCCGCGACCCGUACGAGGAAUCUUACGACCCUGAGCCUUACCCCGUCUCUCCCCAUGCUGUUCCACACCAACCGCCCCUGGACCCGAACUACUACCCCCACGGCCAAUACUUCCCUCCCCCACCUGACUCGACCACAAACUUGAACGCCACUCCUCAACCCUACAACCCAGGAGACUACCCUCCCCCACCAGGCGCUGCCCCUCCGGCUGAACCCUACAGCUACGGUGCCGCUGGACCCGGACCAGGACCCGGACCCGGACCAGAGCACUAUGCCCCACGGCCCCGGCGAGCAGACGAGAAUGUUAGUACUCCCACUGAUAAGUACCACACGCGCUCCGGUCUAAUCAACCCCCGCCCUUCCGUUCCGCGCUCCGGCAGUCAACCCCCACCCCCCAAGUCAGUAACUUUCAACCUGACCCCGGAGGCAGAGGGAGAUGAAGACGCCGGGUACAACUCUGACGACAGUGACUCGACCAUCCGGUCACGUUCUCGUCCUCAUUAUUCCCGUCGUCGGUCGUCAUCUGUCCCGUAUCCACCAAUGGCUCCGCCUCAGUCUCGUGAAUAUCGCCACCACCACUCCCAACAAAAACAGUCUGGUCAUCGCCAGCCUUCGGAAUCGGAAUCAGAUUCAACUAUUGAUCUGCCUGAUCGAUUUGACUCUUAUGGCCGUCUUCUCAAAGAGAAGGAGGACCCGGCUCUUGAGAAAAUCGAAGAUCUGAUAAACAAGUUCACGCGAGUCUUGUUCUGA